UAGGGAGGGAAGUACUGUAGGAAGACUUCCAUGCUGAGUAACUUCCCAGGAAAGGUUGCAGUGUAGGAAGUGCGGUUUGUUUGUUGGGUGGGGCUGUGGGACGUGGAAUUCGAAGUACAUCUGUGUAAGUCGUAUUAACAGGUAGCUUCUACUGGUGAGGAUUUGUCUCCGUCGGUACUAUUUGGGGUUUGCUUGGUCCGGUUCUUAGCCGCCAUGUCUAACAACAAUCACGGCAGUGUAUUAAUGAUGCGGAAGGUAGUGCAGCAGCUACAGAUGGAGCUCAGUGUGCGGCGAGUCAAGGUGUCUCAGGCUGCCGCAGAUCUCAGGAACUUUUGUUUGCAGAAUGCUCAGAAAGAUCCUCUGCUGAUGGGUGUUCCUUCCAGCGACAAUCCUUUCAGACCUCCAAAGUCUUGCCUUCUACUGUGAUUGGUUUUAGAGAAGUGUUACUUUCUUGACUCUUUCUGGUGACUUGUGUAAUGUAUUUUAUCUGAAGAUCCUUAAAUCUGGUACGACUUUUCUUGAAUCUGGUGGAGGUUGCUUUUGCUGAACACACACCUAAAGAAGAUAACCAAACUAGCCAAUAUGCAUUUUGAGUCCUGAGCAAAGCCAUCUAUUCACUUUCUGUAGCCCAAGUGCCUUGUUGAGCAUCUUUAUUUAACAAAAGUAGCUGUUUUGUAACUCUGCCUUUUGGUUAGAACAUGCAGAGUUGUGUGAUUAUUUUUUUUUUUUUUUAUUUCUUCUGUGGACAUCCCUCCUUUCUACUACCACCUGUACCUACCCACCAACGUUAAUAGUGUUUGGCAAGCUACACUGGACCCUGCAUCCAUAAAAAUAUCCAUGGCUGUAGAACUUACCAGAAAGCAGCAGCCAUUUCCCACAAAGUUGUGUGGUAACGUGCUGAAAAUGCAUUUUUAUGACUUCUAGCAGUUUUGUGCCAGCCCAGGCUGUUGAAUCCACCGUUUUUUUCCUGCCUUUGUCAUAAUGUGUCGUGUUUUCAUGAAGUUCUAACCUGUUACAUAUUUCGAGAGUGGGUGGCAUUGUUCUACAGUUUUCAAAGGUGUGGAGUAAGUGAAGGUCUUAGUCUGGGAUUGUACAAAAUCGACCAGUAAAUAAGGUAUAGUAUUCAUUUUUGUGGUGGGUUGGGGGUGGGACUGAAACAUUUUAGCUCACAUACCGAAUUGAACUGCAAGUGCCAAGGAUGUUGAUGUGCUGCAGAUUUCACCCGUCAGUGCUGUAAGAGUGAAAGUAUUGCAGGAUAGUGGAGCUGGAAGUUUGCAUAACUUGACAGUGAAAGCAGCAGAAAUAAGUGUUUCAAGUUUACACUGUUUAUGAAUUUUAAAAUUUUGUGUAACCUAAGCAAAAACUCCAUUCCUGUUGUAAAUGUAAUGGGAGGCACAUUCUUCCUGUUAGAAACAGUAGAACAACUUUGUUCUUGUGCAGACAUUUUUUCUGUCUGCAUUUUUUAUUACUGUCACACAGGCAUAAACCCAUCUCUUGGGGGGAUUGGGUGUAGUUAUUGUGCCAAAUAGUGAAGUAUUUAUUUCCACUUGUGCCAAAAUAACACUAACAAGACUUUGUUCCUUUGGGUUUAGUAAUUUUUUAAUGGAAGCUAUCCAGAGUAGUUUAGUCUUAAACUUUAUACCACCUGAAUGUCUGUCCCCCCCCCAAAAAAUAACACUAACAAGACUUUGUUCCUUUGGGUUUAGUAAAUUUUUAAUGAAAGCUAUCCAGAGUAGUAGUCUUAAACUUUAUACCACCUGAAUGUCUGCCCCCCCCCACACCGAGAGACUUUUCUGUCUGCAUUGUCUAGAUGGAAGAAAAGUGCUAAUUUUGCUUGAGUAAUCACCCGCACUCCUACUGCUGGCAUUCACUACAGAGCUCUGGGCACAUAUAGUACACUAAUCUGAAUACUGAAAGUCAUGGUUUUCAUGGUUUGCAUUGCUCUGUUCCUCUGUUUUUUGUGAUUUUUAGGUGGUGCCAGUUGUGAGCCAAUUAAUUUGAGCUUUUUUUUUUGGUAGGAGGUAAUGUCACCUGUAACUUUUUGAUGGUUAAACACUUGUUUUCUAGAGACCUAUUGAAACAUUGUGGUUUACUGCACCCUUAUCUGAAACUGGGGCAUUUGAUUGCACCACAGCAGUGGUUUGGUAAGUGGGGUAAAAUCUUUGAGAGACUUUAAAAGGUUCUUAUUGCUCUGGUGUGCCAGUAUGCUGGUUAAUGGAAACCUAGGACAUACAUUUCCACUAACUUUUCAGACUGAUAGCAUCGUUGCUGGCUUGUCUUGAAUCUGUCUGGCCCUUAUACAGUGAUGGCAGUUUAACAUGGGGUUCUGACUUUACCACAGGUGACUUUAUUGUGCAUUCGCUUAGCUGCAUCAUUGUGACGGUUCAUGUAAUUAAGCAGCUGAGCAGGUAACAUGCUGGAAAUGCCCUCUUGCAUUACAUGUUCUGGUGGGCUUUUCACUGAAGUAUGUAAUUGAAGAUAGUUAUUGGCAUACAUUGUGGUGUGGCCUACUGAACCUUCCAUGCUGCAUUCCUUACCCUCAUACCCUUUGAAACUGCUUACAUUUCCUUAUUCGCUUCUUGGAGAAUUUUAGUAACGUUAGUAAUGUGUACAUUUUGUUAGUGUAUUGUAAGUAAAGUGCCUUUUCCUCCUCCCAAGUUUAAAAGAGAGUAGUGCUAUAGAUUUGCCAGUGGUUUUUGGGUAUUGUAAUUUUAUUUUUACUUUCCUGUUCUAGUUAAGCAGUGUGUAAAAAGAAAGCAGUAAUUUUUUAAGUGAAAUGUCUUUAUUCACCCUCAUUUUAUGAUUAGAACAGUUUGAUCUGACAACUGCUAUAUUUUAAAUGUUGCUGUUUAGCUUGUGAUCCCAGCCCUAGCCGAGUCUGUCACCUGAUGUUACUCAUUCACCAGAGCUGCACCAUAGCUGAAGUAUCUUUCAGACUUCCAACAGCCAUAUGAAGCGAUGGUCUUGAAUCCACUGUUUGCACUGUUACAUACUGCGUUGCCUCUUACUGUGCCACGUUACAAAGCUGUGUGCAGUACUGCCUAGCGGGUUAUGUGAAUCUGGUUAUGCAGCUCUUACUCUGGUACCAUCUGAUAUUACUGUACUUUGUACUUUGAAAUAAAGUUCAAAUCUUUGUCCACUG